CUCUCUCUCUCUCUCUCACUUUCCUUUCUUUUCCCCUACCUCUGCAAUCCCUGAACUUGAAAGCAUAUUGCCAUUGCCACUUCUCAACACAAUUGAUUCUCGUAGCCCCCAAAUCAUCCCCUUCUCUUUCUCUUUCUUUUCCAUUUAAACCUAGCCACGGACCCUCUUUACCAUAAACAAAAAUAAGCAUCUUCUGAAAAAAUGAUCGAUCUUCCUCUUCCAAAAUUGAAGAUUGGGGUUAGGUCGGAGUUGAGGAGGUUCAUGUCAAGGUAUAAAAAUGGAGAUGAGAAUCCCGGUGCUCAGAGAGACAGCCACCACUACUGCCCACUCCCCCAUUGUUGCCAUUUAAACUAAGCUUACCUCCAUUCUCUCUCCCAUACUGGAAUCCCAUCCCUCCAUCCUCCACUUUCUCUCUCACCAAACAGAAAAAAACCCUCGAUAAUUUUCUAUUCGUUUUCCCCUACCCAGGAUUUUGGAUCUGAAAUCUCAAUCUCAUCACUAAGAAAGUUGAAAGCUUGAAAAGGGUUCAUCAGAUCAGAGGCUGUGCGUGGAAAGGGUGGGGAGGGAAGUUUCUCUCUCUCAAGCAUCAUGACUGCGGCCAUCGAAUGUCUGAAGAUGAAGACAACCACCGAUCCUCUUCGCACUGAUCCACCCUGUCAGAUCUGGAUUUCACUUCCGACAAGGCGCGCAACUAUUCCACUAUUGCCAAACCUAGAUCGAGACCAUUGGGUUUUCUAUGGUUCAAUCGGAAGGGAAUGAGGCACGAAUGGAAAGGAAGGAAAGAGGGAGGGGUGAGAGGAUGCCAAAAUCUAGUGAAACCCAGAUCAAGAAUAGAGUUGGGUACUGGGUUUUUUGAAGGGAAGAGCUAGGGUAGAGAGGAAAGGCUUGAGCCAAAGAAAGAGAUCGAAGGACAAUGAAGAGAUGAAGAAGUCACAAAUGAAAGGAAGGAGGUCACCAAUGCCGGAAAAGAAGGGAGGAAGAGAUUGCUAGUAAUGGAGAAUGGAGGAACAAGGGGAAGAAAGGAAGAAGAAUGAAAUCGGAGAACAGAGAAAUUGGGCAAGAGGAUGUAAGUAUGGAUAGUUUUGUAAUUUCAAAUAUUAUAAGUUAUUAACUAAAUUAAAUUUAAAAGU